AUGUCCCCAUAUCGACUGGUCUUUGGAAAAGUAUGUCAUCUGCCGGUAGAGAUCGAGCAUAAGGCCUAUUUGGCGGUGAAGCAAUACAACAUGGACAUGAAAAAAGCUGGUUCCCAGCGGAAGCUUCAAUUGCAAGAACUUGAGGAAUUGAGGUUAGAGGCAUAUGAGAACUCUAGGAUCUACAAGGAAAAGGCCAAAGCUGCACACGACAAAUUGAUUGCCAAGAAGGAGUUCAACGUUGGCAAUAAAGUCCUCCUCUACAAUUCACGCCUAAAGCUGAUGCCUGGUAAGUUGCAUUCUAGAUGGUUGAGAUCAUGGACGGGUCGACUACGACGAAAUUCACAGUGA